CCUGAGCUUUGUUUCAUGGGCUCACUGACACUGAGCCUCACUCAUAUGCCACGUUCUCUGUGUGCGCAUAAAACCCCUUAUUGGCGGGAGCGAAUGUCCCACUCUUGUUUCCCAUUCAUUACAAGUCUUCUUCCCAGCUACCACUUGGCAGUGUACCUAUACCUGUGACCGUUUCCCUCACAGAUCCCAAACCAAGCACUACACACUCAUCCCACACCAGAAGUCACUCCUAUCACUUCUGAUGUGGAAGGCCGAAUCGCCAUUAUCAAUGCGAACGGUCAUGGCUUUGACCUGCAUGCUGGUCAACAUGGUCCCUGAAGCCAUCGCAGCAGAUCAAGCAUGCUGGCUGGCGAUGGUGGAAAGCGGAUUCGACAUCGACCUCACGAAACCGGGCUUUCUCCGCGCUCCUUCCUGCCCACUCAUGCUGCAGUGCUCCAACGACGCUGCAGAGGUCCCCUGCGUCACGAAUUCAGCAAGGCACGCCGACUGCAGGCUGAUUGAUAAGCCUGACGAUAUUCUCAACCAAGGACUCUGCAAUCCGGACUGGUUCACGACUCCUGAUGGUCCUUAUCGUCAGACUGGUAUUCUUUGUGCUUAUCGAGGCCUAUCAAGGGGACGCAAUCAUUGGUACAAAUGGUUUCCCACACUCGUUAAGCAUUCAUACCUCUGUUUCAAUGAUGUGGGCGAACCCGGGAAGCCCGAUUGGCAAACCAAGUUUAUCGGCAGACCUCAAGAAUAAGUGUCGUCUCUGUCUGCGUUUGCCUUCUCUUCCUCGUUACCUGGUGCCUUUGGAUGCGCUUCUCUGCAGUGCCUUUAGGUAUUAUAGUAACUUUUGUUUUCAAAGGUGUGAGCUACGCACAAGCGAA